AUGGCACCUCGAACGAUGGGAGAAGGGGCUUUAUCUCGCAUUGAAAGGCAGUUUGGAAUCAACAGACUGGAUGACCAGAAGAAACGCUCUGAACAUCCUUUCGAAGACCCUGAACGUCCUCCCCUUCACCAAAGAGGUUGGUGGAAAACUCCUCCGCCUAGUCCGUCGUAUUGGCAGCACCGAUACUCGUUCCGACAUGAAGUUGCUAGCCCAGAGUCUGUGCAAUGGUCUCCGCAAAAACGAGAAGGGGUGGAAGAGUCGCGAAGGCGUCUCGGUUCUCGAAGAAGCGCGCUUGCUACUAGCUGCACAAGCACAGAAAGCUGA